AUGACGAGCAAAGAUAACGAGCGCCAACGGCUCAUGCAGCAAGAAAAGGACGAUGCCUUUGACUCCAAGUUAGCUUGCAAUCCGCGGCCAGGGGAGCAAGAGGCGAAUGAGAUUCUUCAAAAGCUGAAGACCAUCGAUGGCUGCUAUUUCUACGACACCGCUUCCCGCAAAAAAGGCUAUGGAGGUCAGGAGCACAGCCUGGUACCAGGAGACGGUUUCCUUUCCACUGUGGAUGUCAUCGAACAAACGCAUCUCUUCGAAGUUGCCCAAAAAAUGCCCAAAGGCGCACAUCUGCACAUACAUUUCAACGCUUGUCUCGUUCCUGAUGUUCUCCUCACUAUCGCCGAGUCCAUGGAAAACAUGUUCAUCCGCAGCAACAGGCCCCUGAAAACUCAAGAGGACUUCUGGCUUUGCGAGAUUCAAUUCAUGAUCAAAUUCCCUGAGAAACGACCCACGCAACUUGUGGGUGGAGAGGAGCAUUGGCAGCAGCGAAGGGAAAACGCUAAAGGUUUCCAGAAUCUGCUCGAGGAGGAGGACCAAGGCAGUUUAUUUGAGCCCAGCAACUGGACAGUAACAGAAGGUAAGGAAAAACAUGAAAAAUGGAUGAAAUGGAUGAAUUAUGGGGAGUUUCGAAUCGCAUGGAACAGUUACGGCGGCAAGUCAGGGAACAAUUCGUAUAAAUCAUGGCUCAAGGACAAACUUGUGUUUAACGUUGAAGAGGCACAUGGCCCAUAUCAGACACAAUUAGGGGCCUGGGAGAAGUUCAAUGGGCGUACGAGGAUGAUGAAGGGCUUGUUCAACUAUCGGAAAGCAUUCAGUGCAUACACGAGACUCUGCUUAGAAAGCUUUGUAAACGAUCAUAUCCAAUACGCUGAGAUUCGGCCCAACUUCAUGGAGACCAACCAGAUAUUCGAAGAUGACGGUGCCACCAAAAUUGAUAACGAGGGCACCAUAGACAUUAUCAUCGAUAAAUUCAAGGAAUUCCAGAGCGAGGCCGAAAAUCAGAAGAGGUUCCUCGGCUUAAAACUUAUAUACUGCACGCCCCGUUCUUUCAAGGAAGAACAAAUCGAGACUGCCUUGGCAGAGUGUCUCAAAUUCAAGAAGCAAUAUCGGGAAUAUAUUGCUGGCUUCGACUUAGUGGGGGAGGAAUCUAAAGGAAAGCCCCUGAAGGAUUUCCGCCGAGUGUUCCAAGAAUUCCAGGUUCAAUGCAAAGCAGAAAAACUCGACAUCCCCUUCCUCUUCCAUUGCGGCGAGACGCUCGAUGAUGCAGAUAAAAAUUUGGUGGAAGCGCUAACACUGGGCGCAAAGCGUAUCGGCCACGGGUACGCUUUGAUCAGCCACCCUGGACUCAUUGAGGCAUACAAGGCUCAGGGAAUAUGUCUUGAACUAUGCCCCAUAUCUAAUGAGGUCCUUGGACUCACGCAACGAAUUGGGGCACACAGCAUGUAUCCGUUGCUUGCCAACAAUGUCCACUGUUGUCUCAACAGCGACAACGGAACAUUAUUCAGGUCCACACUAUCCCAUGAUUUCUAUCAGGCCAUAGUGGGACGCAAAGACAUGACCAUUUUUGGCUGGCGACAACUGAUCGAAUGGAGCAUAGAUCACUCGGUCAUGCAAGAUGAACGGGAAGGAAAGAGGCUAAGGACGAUGUGGGAGUCGGAAUGGGCGAGGUUCGUGGCUUGGAUCAAUAAAGAAUUUGCCUGGGUCCACGAAGAAUCCGCUCGCAUCGACAAAGCUGCCAAAGACGAGAAACUGCGGGAGAGCCUGCGGGAGUUUGCGCAGAAACGAGCGGAGAAGAGGCGAGGGGAAAUAACGAAAAAACAAAAGGCCGAGGGGAGAAUGUUAGGGGAGCGGCUUCAACUUGAGCUUCAGCGUUACGAGGAGAAACAGCGUCAACGUGCAGCAAAGUAG